UACGCUCUAUACCCAUACAACAAUGACUUCUUGUGUGCCGGAAGCUAUGCAUGCUACUGCUUGACGUUCGAUAUCGUCUUGGACGCUCAGAGUACGGGGGGACUUCAACCUUUUGUCUCUGUCAAGCGAGACUUUUUUUGUUUUGAUUCAACGCCGGAGAAGGUAUAAAUCUUUCUGGGGGAGGUGUGAAUGGCGACAGAGGCUUCAAAAUAAGCUACAUACACUAAUUACGCUGCUCAGUGAAAUGAAAAUCCUGGAUAUUUAAUCUGCUAUUUUUAAUAAUGCAAAUCGUAUCUUAAUAACAGAUAAAAUCUUAAUAAUACUUGAUUUUAAGACCAGAAUAAUGCUGUCAAUAGUAUGAACUCUAUCGCGAUUCUAAAAAUGAAACAAAUUUAGUGUGAAGAAAAGUUGGACAACAUUUACAAGUUUUGAAAAAGAAAUAAGAGGAACUGAUUUUUGUCAAGCAAGCAAGUAAGAGAAAUCUGCUUGAUUUCGUUCACUCACUUACAAAAAAGGAGGUAAUUUAUAUCGCAGUCAUGGAUACAUCAAGAAUCGCAAUGUUUCUCUUUGGCACAAUUCUGUGGACAGCAAACAUUGUCCCCAUAGAGUCCAGGGAAGUCAUCGUCAUUGGCACAACCUCGUUCCCAGCGGGGAAGCGAAGCGAGAAAUGUGUGAAGAAGCUCACAAAUUCCGAAGCUAAACCUGGCAAAUUCAUGAAUAAGUGUAUAUCCGCAAGUACCACGCUUCUAGUUCCUGGAUCACCGACCGUCGAAACGUCCGGACCGGCGCUGAUAUCUAAACAUGAGGGUGAUGAAGUUGUUCUGUCGUGUACAGUCACGAAUCGGGGCUCUGGGACCAUUGUCAGCUGGCUUCGUAUCAGACCAAGAACCAUGACUUUCUUUUUCAACUCUCAGCGAGUCCAUAUGGACAAGAGAUUUCGUAUUGAGACCGAUUCGAACACAACGUACAAUCUGAGGAUCACCAGAAUAACACGAGACGAUGAAGGGGUCUAUGCUUGCCAAGUCAACACUCUACCCGCGCCUACAUAUAUCAAUAUCACCCUCCAAGUUGUCGUUGCACCCACCAUUCUCGGGAUAGCCCAGGAGUUUGGGAGUACACCGCCCUCUAUUGACAAUGCAGUACUGUCAUACAACGAAUCUGACAACGUCAUACUUUCUUGCGAAACAGACGGCUCGCCGAAACCAUUUGUCACCUGGUACUCGUUCACAGCGCGUCAGGUGAUAUCGUACAAUUCAACGCUGAAGAUUCUCAAUGUACAGCGGGACCAGGGAGGUCUCUUCAAAUGCGUGGCAGAUAACGGCUAUGCAGAAACUCUUGUGGAGAAGUGGAUUGAGAUCAUUGUUCAAUAUAAACCAGAAAUCAUAGCCGUUGAAAGGGACAUACGAUGUGGCGAGGGGGACUAUCGUCAGCUCCAGUGCAACGUGAACGCCCGCCCUCAAGCGACGAACACGUGGAUCAAAGAUGAUGAGAUCUUGAAGGGAGUCGGCAUAACAAAACGUUCCAUGACAACGGUACCAGUUGAAUGCCCAGGGAAUACAACUAGGCUUGUGAUUGUCAGUGUUCAACCUGACACGGACUAUGGUGUGUACAAAUGCCAAGCUACGAACAUUCUGGGCACAACAGAAGAUGUGAUUGAAGUCAGUGGUCGGCUUCGUGCGCCCAAAAUUGUGAGUGGUCCUGUUGGUGUUAGGCGCCAUUCUUACAAACUGCAAUGGGUUGUGGGUAAUCGCUUGCAGCAAGGCAUGGCGGGAUUCACACCAAUAGACGACUACAUACUAUCGUACUAUGGUUGGUGGUAUCAGGAGCGGGAAGAUGGCGGGACAGAAAAGGUGUUCUCUCAUAGCAGAGACUCGCCUCUAGAGGUCGCUAUACCCCACGACCCGGAUCUAAGCAGACAAGUUUACAUUCUUCGAGACUUGAGGGCAAAUGUUACUUACGAAGUUACCCUUAAAGGAGUCAACAAAUAUGGAGAUGGCGACAAUGCGUCGUUCACGUUUUACACGUCAUUGGAGAAGCCAUCGAGCACUGCACAAGUCAACUCUUGGGAAACAACGCCAUAUCCUGUCACAAGAAAAACAGUCAAGCCACAACGAUCGCUCAGAUGGGCAAACGCUGGACCAGCUCUAUUCACUGUUUUCAGACAAACUUCUAUUCUCACAGCUUCAAUCUUAUUAACCAUCGUAUUGAUGUAGUGAAACUGGUGCACUGCCAGGCUCUUAAAUUAUCGUUCAACAGGGCCCAAUUUUAUAGAGCUGCUUAAGCACAAAAAUAAGCUAAGCAAAACAAAAUUAUGCUUAUCAGAAUUAGGUUAGCAUCCAAAAUUACCAUGUCACAUACACAAUCUGUGACUUGUUUCCUGCUAAAAUUUGCCUAGGAGAGAUUUUUUAAGCAGUAUUUCUGAAUAUUAAUGUUGGUUUUUACCAAUAUACACCGA